AUGUCCUCCCAAUGGCGGCUUCCGCGUCUUUCCUUCUUCCAAUCACUCCGCCAGUCUCAAUUUACUUUGCCUGUGCGCCCGGAGUUUCUGGUUUCAUCUUCCUUCCACUUUGUUAAUCCUCGCCAUCAUGUAACAGCCACGGAUAAUGUCACUCAGGCGUUUCCAGAGUCUGUGGUUGCGGGGUUAAGCGAUGAGGAAGCAUUGGCGUUAUUCACCCGAGGGUUCUUUGGCGGGUUCAUCUUUGGGUUCGAGAGGUCUAUCCUACGACUGGGGGGGCUGGAAUUUGCUGCCAGCGCGGUAUACGGAGUGUUGUGGAAUGGUACUCAGAGGUUUCCUCUGCUGACUGAAAUCGUCGUUAUAGGUUUCCAAGGAGAUCCACAGGCAUGCCAGAUCUGGAAUACUUCCGAGCUUCCUCGAAGUCACCUUCUCCCCGUCGGCAGCUCCCUUUUCGGGUCAUUCAAAGUGAUGGACAAGCAAAUAGGACCGGAAUCAUCGGGCCAGCGGGCCAGCUACGUGGAUUAUGGGUUUGGCUCGGACGAGUUCACUUUUGCAGGCUGCCACCGUUUCCAAAUAACUCGAUCGCCACGCAUAGGCGCUGAGCCCCUAGUGCAAUUCGAGCUACAGCACUUCCGUUGUAAUCCUCAAAAAAACGAACCAUCAGUGGCGGAAUACCUCGCGUGGUUUCAUUAUGCCUAUGCGAAGUCGCUGUUUGCGAAUGCAGUCCAGUGCAUUCUACUGCGGUAG